AUGUCGAAACUCUCAGCCAGUCUGAAGACUUUGAUCAAUUCCCCUGCUGCUCGGCCGCAUACUGUGCCAGCGCCGCCCAACAUCGGUCAUGUCUAUCGCACGAUCCAGCAAACAGCCGCGGCUAACAAGGUUUCGCAGCCGUCAUGGCUUGCGCUCUCGACCGCCGCAACAAUGACCAUGAACUCGCCCAACUCCUUAGCAGCCCUCUACCACGUAGCUUCCAACACGGCCCCCAACUCCGCCGUUUCCUCCGCCGAGCUCAUGCGCGAAGUCGGUCUCAAAUGCAUCAGCUUCAACGGCAUCCCCCGCACAAUCAACUGCCUCAAUGCCUUCCGCGCCAGUCUCCCCGAAGACAUCACAUCGCAGCUCUCAACGACACCCACUCGCACACCCACGGCCGAGAAUAUCGCCGGGAUUUCUGCCCGCGGCCGCGCCCUCUGGGACUCGAUCUACCGCCCCUUUGAAAAGAAGCUGUACGAAAAACUGGGUACUUCGCACCCCGAUCUGCCUGUCCACAUCCUGCAUGCGAAUUACGGUGCGCUUCUGUCGGAUCCUGAGCGGGAGACGGGUGCGUCGGCGGGGAGGGUGUUGACCUCUUUGGUGGCGGUGGCUUGUUUGCGCGCGCAGACGGGUGUUGGGCCUCAGGUGUUGUCGCAUGUUUUUGGACUGCGGAAGGCGUUGGAAGAUGGCAGUUGGGCAAGUGAUGUGGAGAGUGAAGAAGGGGCGCGGUGGUUGGCGAGUGAUGAGGGGAAUAUGUGGAUUUUGGAGAGUGUGGAUGCAAUUGUGGAGGCGAUUAGUGGAGGGAUGGGUUCUAAUUUUGCGCCGGCGAGAGCGAAGUUGUAG